AUGGCGGCGUGGGGACAUCCAGGCAUGGCUGCAGUGCCCGCUGAAAUUACCGAGGAAAAGCUUCAAGAAAAAGGUAAACUCGUGGUAUUUUGUACUAUACGUAAACUUUCUAACGUUUAUUUAGAGCCCAAGGGAAGCAUUCGCUAUAAUUUAUUGCGGAUAAUGAUCUGUCUGAACAAAGGACCUGGACUUGGAUUGCAGUGUCAGUCACUUAACAGUGGUCGGUACACACUGGGCGACAGGUUGCAGCAAUUAGUCGCACUUCUUGUGUACUGGAGAAUUUUUGUGAAAGUCUUUGUCUCCACAACAGAAUUUUGUCGCCGCAAAAUGUUGCAAAAAAUCAAAUCAGACAGAAUUUAUGCAACUUGUUGCAGCAACAAAAUUCUGUUGCAUUGUCAAAGAUUUUUCACAAAAGUUCUCCAGUACACACAAAGCGAUUUGUCACUGCGAGUUGUCGUUGCAACGUGUUGCCACAAUUAGCUGCUCGAUGUGAUCUGUCACCGCAACGUGUUGCUUUAGCUUACCGCAUAGUGUGUUCCAACCUUUAUAGUGCACAUGCAUAGAAUGCACACAGAAAGAGACAUAAGAAAACAGACUUUUUUGCCACUUUAAUAGUAAAUUUUGGUAAGAUUUCAGUACAGCCCCAUAAAACAAUAAUUUCUUUACUAUUUCACACAAAUAGUGAGUAUAUUCCAAUGUGAUUUCACUUUAAGAACUAUUGCUUACACCUAGAGUGUAGAUUACAAAUCAUAGACUAAGAAUUGCUCCUUGAGUUUUCAAAUUCCUCAUCGUAUCAGGCAUCAUGAGAUAUGUUUCUGCUAUAAAGUGGCUGGGUGUUCUGAAAUUGGGUCUCAUUUCAGCAUGCAAAGGAAGUAGUGUCCAAUAGCCCGGGGCUAGUGGAUUUUGCUAUCGGGCUAGUGAAUUCUGUUCGUAACUUGCCCGACGGGUAAGUGAUGUGUUUUGGGAAUUCAACUUACGAAGAACUGUCAAAUCAAUUCUGCUCAUCAAAAAAUAUUGGGGGCUAGUUGAAAUGACGUUUGGCUAGUAAAUGCUAACUUCAAGUUGCCCGAAUGGCACGCUGUAAGAAUGACUUUCUUUGCACCCUGUAUUUAAUUCCAUCUUGGAUCUUGUUGUGCUGAUGUGCUUAUGCUACUGAUUGACUACAACUUUUUUGUACAGCACGAAAAUGGCAGCAGCUACAGUCAAAGAGAUACAGUGAAAAGAGAAAGUUUGGAUUUGUGGAGGCACAAAAAGAAGACAUGCCACCUGAGCAUGUUAGGAAAAUCAUUCGAGAUCAUGGUGACAUGUCCAGUAGGAAAUACAGACAUGACAAAAGGGUGUACCUCGGGUAAAACAAUGUUAUUGUAUAUUUAGUCUUUUCAUAACCGGCUGUAUUUAAUAGUCUCUAAAUAGUACUGUUAGAUUUGAAAAAAAAAGAAAAUAGAAAGUGUUUUUGAUUGUAUAGCUAACUUCAAAUAAAUAAAUUAGUAUGUGACAGUAGACGAACAUGCAAAUCAUUUUGAAUUGGCUGUCAGGUUCAUGCAACAUGCAAUGUAGAGUUUGGCAGAGACCAUCAUCAUUCCAGAGUAACAGUUGAUUUAUAUAUUAUUUUAUCUUCCCUUGUACGCAACCUGAUCUCUUGAUCCCUCAAUGCUGGAAUGAACUUAAUUUAAACUCAUCUCGUAAUCAAGAUCAAUAUCUACACGUCCAAAAGUUUGGUUCAACCUAAGUAUGCCAGUUAUCACUCCAUAGUGGCUCUAGAAGACAAACAAGGUUUAGCACAUGUAUGACUGGCAACUUGUUGUUAGAAUUACAGUAGGUAGUUGACCUUUUCCCUAGCAGUUAACAAACAAGUGUAUUUAAUCUCUCAUUACAAAAAUUGUUUUAGUCCCUAACUUCUGAUUUUGUUUUGUUUUUUGUUUUUAAGUGCCUUGAAGUACAUGCCACAUGCUGUGUUAAAGUUACUAGAAAACAUGCCUAUGCCAUGGGAACAGAUCAGGGAUGUCAAAGUUCUUUAUCACAUCACUGGUGCCAUAACAUUUGUGAAUGAGAUCCCAUGGGUUGUUGAACCUAUUUAUUUGGCUCAGUGGGGGUAAGCUUAUUUGUUAUCAUACCAUGCUGUGUAUCUUAAUAGUGAGAAGAUUAUGUGCUUUCACUUGUGAAAAGUUUCUCCUUUCAAUGUCCACCUCGGGAAAUUGUGAAAUUACAAGGCUGUGUUCUAGCAGAGCCCGGUGGCCCUUGGGCCUAAUUUUUGCUCCUAGGCUACUAGAAAAACUCAGUUUUUUCACAGAAAUCAUAUGAUGGGUACCCUGGAUUUCACAGGUUCAGACCAGUGGGCUCCCUUUAGGUUUUCUCAGAGCACAUCCUUGAAUUAUGUUAUCAUGACCUAUCCCAUGCAAAAUUCAAGGAUAAGUCACAGGUAUCAGUUCUAAACAUCUACAUGUCAUUAACCUGUUUUAGCACCAUGUGGAUCAUGAUGCGACGAGAAAAGAGAGACAGAAGGCAUUUUAAGAGAAUGAGAUUUCCACCAUUUGAUGAUGAGGAACCUCCUUUGGAUUAUGCAGACAAUAUCCUGGAUGUUGAACCUUUGGAACCCAUCCAAAUUGAGUUGGACCCAGAAGAAGAUUCAAGUGUUUAUGAAUGGUUUUAUGAUCACAAUCCUCUUCUUGAUACAAAGUAAGUGAAGACGAUAUUUCUUUGCCAGCAUCAGUACCUUUCCAUUUCCAUUUGAGUUCAAUUAACAGAGUGCCAUCAAAGUUGAUAUCCAGACCUUUUUGUUGAAAAUUGACCUUUUUACACUGCGACUUCUCGAACCAGGGGACUUGUCCAAUCACAAGGUCCUUUGAAAACACAAUUCUCAAGUUUUUCUGCAAAUGGACGAAUAAAAUUCAAGGUUCAACUAUGCAACUGUUGAAAAAUUUGAAACCAUUUGAACUUACCUGACCUUUUAGAAAACAGCCCUCAAAUUUAUGAAUGUUAUUGCUCCUUGAGAAUCUUUUUUUUGCAAAGAACAUUGUGAUUGGAUAAUAUUCUUCCAAGUCCCCCGGUUUAAGUUUUCGCACUGUAACACUUAUUUUUUAGUAAGGUUCUUGUCAAAUGGUUGUGAUUGAUUCUUUGAAUAAAAUAAAACCUUGCGAAAAAGGAAAAAAUUCAGUAUCUUCACAGCUAACAUGAAUACUAAGUUUGCCAUUCUCAUUUUUCUUAGAAUGAUCAACGGCUCUUCCUACCGAAGAUGGAACAUAACACUUCCCAUAAUGUCAACCCUCUAUCGACUGGGAAACCAACUUUUGACCGAUCUUGUAGAUGACAACUACUUUUACUUGUUUGACCUUAAGGCAUUCUUUACUGCAAAGGCGCUAAAUGUUGCCAUUCCCGGAGGACCUAAAUUUGAACCUCUAGUGAGAGAUGUGAACCUCCAUGAUGAAGAUUGGAAUGAAUUCAAUGACAUUAACAAGAUCAUUAUUAGACAACCAGUGAGAACUGAGUACAGGAUUGCAUUUCCCUACCUGUACAAUAGCUUGCCCUACAAAGUCCAUCUGCCCUGGUAAGUCAGUCAUCUGAGUACCAUGUAAUUUAACUCUUAUUAUCUGUUUUGUUGGGUUUUCAAUUUUCUCUUACCCUUUGAAGUCAGGGGUCAACUUUUACCAUAGGGUAAUUUACUGAGGUAGUUUCUGGUUCUAGGCAGGAGUCAGAAUGAACCCUAGUAGUAAUAGAUUGUUUUUACCCACUUAAUCACUAGCUACGCAAAUUUCUUGAGGAAAAAAAUGAAGUUUGUACAUGUAAAAAAUUUCAAUUCCACAGAAGUUUUUUGGUACACCAGGAUGACCACUGUUUCAUUGUUUUGAUACACUAAUUUUGGCCACCGUGGGAUCACAUGAACAGGAUCUACAUGUAUUCCUUGGAAAGGCAGCCAUUGUUUGGUGUGAACUUUUGUAAACCCUGUAUUUGCCACCAAACACGGGAAUAGCAUUGCCAAAGGAUGCAAACUGUUAUUUGGGUUGGUGGCUAGAGAAACAUGGCUCAGAUUACUGCGGCAUGUUUAUAACUUCAGCUGUUAUGGACUGCUUUCUGUGCCUUACAACUUCAGUUUAUGACAAAAAAAGGUCCUUUGGGGUAUACAUGUUUCUGAAACCAAGCAAACUGUCUUCCUUUUUGCACCACUGAUAUUUGGUUCAUUGUGCUUUCAGGUAUCACCAUCCAUCUGUGGUGUACAUCAAGACAGAGGAUCCUGAUCUGCCGGCAUUUUACUUUGAUCCUUUGGUGAACCCAAUUGCACAUAGACAUGCUGUCAAGGUAUUUUAUUUACAUUUUUAUUUGUUUUUGGGUGGUUGACAACACAAGUCUAUCAAAUGUUGUCCAUUUGUCAGUAAAGACAUCGUGUCAUUGCCUGUUUAUAUCUCACACGCAAACAUAAUAACCUUAUUUAAAAAAUGGGAAAGCCUUUGCAAAAGUUUGAUCAUGUUUUCAUCUAGAAAUUGGAAAGUGGAUAUCCAAAAGAUCUCUCUCUGUUUUAUAUUUAUGUUAAAGUUAAGUUCUAAUGUUUCAGACAACAGAACCUAUACCUGAUGAUGAUGAAGAGUUUGAGUUGCCAGAGGAUAUUCAGCCAUUCCUGCAAGAUACUCCACUGUACUCAGACAACACAGCAAAUGGUUUGUUUCAUUUCGCCUUUUAUUGCUUACAGUGAUUUUCUAAAAUGGAGUUACCUGUGGGCAGCAUUGCUACUAUUAAUAUUAGUUCUGUAUUAGCUUUGUAUUAGCUAUGUAGUGACGGUAAAUAAUCUUUGCAUUCAGGUUGGUCUGACCUUUGGCUGAAUUUGUUCCACAGCAGACACACAUUCACUUUUCUUCUAGAAUAAUAAGCCAACCUUAUUUUAAUGAAAGGAAAAUUAAUCAUUUCUCAUGUGUGACUGAAUAACCCACCAUCACUUGUGGUAUCACAGGGAAUAAUUUAAAGGACUUUAUAUGUUAUAGGCAUUGCUUUGCUGUGGGCUCCAAGACCUUUCUGUCUCAGAUCUGCUCGGACGCGUCGUGCCCUUGAUAUACCUUUAGUAAAGACAUGGUAAGUAUUCUUUUCAGCUUAGUAUUUGCUUUAUUAUGAUGAAUUCUAGCAUGGCAAUUUCUUGGCUUUAAAGUUAUUGCCUUAUUUAAGUGGAAUUUAUAUCAUUUACUUUCCUAAAUUGUUAGGCCUUCUUUGAAGGUCCUAUUAAUUUUCUUUUUGUUAUUCAGGUAUCGUGAGCAUUGCCCAUCCGGUCACCCAGUAAAGGUGCGAGUGUCUUAUCAGAAGCUUCUCAAAUGCUAUGUCUUGAAUGCACUGAAACACAGGCCACCCAAAGCUCAAAAGAAAAGGUACUGUUUCGUGGCAGAGGUUGUUGUGAUGAAGUAUUAUUUGUGAUUGAGUAUAUGUACCAUAUUUACUUGAGUAAGCAGUGGGGUGCUUUUCUCAGUGCAGCACUUAGAGAUGAAUUUUUUCAUUUGUAUACAACAUGGUACUCGAUAUUUUCCUUUAUUUUCCUUUGUUAUUAAAAAACUCUAAGAACACCAAAAGAAACAACAAAAGGUAGUUUUGAGGUCUGUUUCCCCUUGUUAUUUUGGAAAAUGUCAAAAUAAUGAAAAUGAACAAUUGUGCAUUGUUGCUUGGAGGAUGCAGUGAAGAUAGUUCUUAGUAAUACUUUCCGUUGUUGUAGGUAAUGUUACUGUGAAAAUCGGAUGAAAGAAAAAAGCUUCUUUGCCUUUAAAUCUAAGAGACCUUGUGGAAAGUGUUUGGUAAUAACAAAACUUGAUUUGAUCUCAGAAUGUGUAAUUUAAAGAUGUUUUUGUCUUUCUCAGAUAUUUGUUCCGAUCGUUCAAAGCCACCAAGUUCUUUCAGACAACAACUCUUGACUGGGUGGAGGUGGGUCUCCAAGUCUGUCGUCAGGGCUACAACAUGCUGAACCUGCUCAUUCACAGAAAAAAUCUUAACUACCUUCAUCUGGAUUAUAAUUUCAACUUAAAACCAGUAAAAACACUCACCACUAAAGAGAGAAAGAAGUCCAGAUUUGGGAAUGCUUUCCAUUUGUGUCGUGAGAUUCUCCGUCUGACCAAGCUGGUGGUAGAUUCUUAUGUCCAGUACAGACUUGGUAAUGUGGACUGCUUUCAGCUCGCUGAUGGUCUUCAGUAUAUUUUCUCCCAUGUUGGUCAACUGACUGGAAUGUAUAGGUACAAGUACAAACUCAUGAGGCAGAUCAGAAUGUGCAAAGACAUCAAGCAUCUCAUCUACUACAGAUUCAACACUGUAAGUACCCCCUCUCGGAAUUUCUUACAAGCGAAGAGGUAGCUGGUAAAGCAGACAAUUCUGUUGCAGUAAUAAUGAUGUCCACUUCGUACUUGUAUUAGCUCAACAGUCAAUAAUUUUCAGUGUCUAUAACAGAGUAUUUUUGGAAAAAUAAAUUUAUGAUGAUGUCUAUUUGUAUCAGAUUUUAUUUAAAUUAUCUUCAAACUAAAAUGGGUACAAAUGUACAUCUUCUUUAUAUUUUAGGGACCUGUAGGAAAAGGACCAGGUUGUGGCUUCUGGGCUCCUGGCUGGAGAGUGUGGCUAUUUUUCCUGCGAGGUGUUGUCCCACUAUUGGAGAGAUGGCUUGGAAAUCUUCUUGCAAGACAGUUUGAAGGACGACAUUCUAAGGGUGUGGCCAAAACUGUAACAAAGCAGAGAGUUGAGAGCCACUUUGACCUGGAGUUACGAGCUGCAGUUAUGCAUGACAUUCUGGACAUGAUGCCAGAGGGAAUCAAACAGAACAAAGCUCGUGUCAUCCUACAACAUCUUAGUGAAGCAUGGAGAUGUUGGAAAGCUAACAUUCCUUGGAAGGUUUGAUCUUUCUACCUUUUUGUCACAUUAUUCAACCUAUUAUCAAGCUUCAGCUAACCAUGAUUGUAUGUGUAGUUUUGGUUGAUUGCCAAACUUGGUGAUGCAGUUGUGGUUCCUGCCAUCAUAGUCAGGAAUGGAAAUUCUAGGGCAGCAGGGUAGGGGAAAUUUCCAAGGGGAUAGAAAGUAUUCUGGGGAAGCACUUUCUAGCAGAGUUUGUUGUGUUUGCUCUCUGCUUUUGUCAUUAGCCAUCAAAAAAUAAAAUAGUGCCUGGAAAUACAUGUAGACAUUUGUUAAAUUAGUGUAUAUCUUUUAAGUUGAACGUAGCAAAUUGUUUGUGUCAUGCAUGGUAGACUUCAAGCAUGGCAUUUUAAAAAAUGUGCUUUCUAAUUCCGACCAUCAACUUCAGAUGUAUGGGAACUUCCCAAGCUUAAUUUUAUCACAAAACUCAUUUAACGUGUGCAGACCUGUUUUCCUCCCUUCCUACAAAGUGUGUGCCAAUGUGUUUGUUUUAGGAGAAAACAGAAACAGUACAAAGCAACAGUGAUUACAGCUGAAAUGACUGCCAUAUAAACUGAUGGUCAUCCUGUAUUUGUAGGUUCCAGGUCUUCCUACUGCUGUUGAGAAUAUGAUUCUGCGCUACGUCAAAGCCAAGGCUGACUGGUGGACAAACACUGCUCAUUACAACAGGGAACGUAUUCGCCGUGGAGCCACUGUGGAUAAAACUGUCUGUAAGAAAAAUCUGGGUCGCCUCACUAGGCUUUAUCUUAAAGCUGAGCAGGAGAGACAACACAAUUACCUAAAGGUGUGAUAUUCAAAUAAAAUAAUCUAUUAUUAAUCAACUCACUUUUGAGUUUGUUAGCUACUUUUACUGGGAAAACCCUGUCAUUUUAACUCUGUAAAUUUAACGCAGUGAACAAAGUUACAAGUCAUACAAAUGUAAGUGUGACUUUCAAUGCUUUACAUAUAAAGUUGUAUCCUGGAGUUUUGGUGAUUCUGUGAGUUAAACUUUGUCUUUGUGCUUGUCCAGUCAACAUAAUGUUUUAUCAUGACUAUCCAGGUUGUGGCAUCAAAGAAUUUUUUGAACACCUUUUAGUUUCUGCUUAUUUCUAUAAUAUACUGAGGUUCCAACUUAACACCAAACAUAGCUUGAAACUUAACUUCAUAUUGUCUUGUUUGACAGGAUGGUCCAUACAUCUCAGCGGAGGAAGCAGUUGCAAUCUACACCACAACAGUUCACUGGCUGGAGAGCAGAAGAUUCUCACCCAUCCCCUUUCCACCCCUUUCAUACAAGCAUGACACUAAGCUGCUCAUUCUUGCACUUGAGAGACUCAAAGAAGCUUACAGGUGUGUUUUUUGUCUUAUUGGAAAGAAACACUAAAUUACUUAAUGUAGAGAACGUAUUAACACAGUUAAACCUUAUUAAACAGUUAAACAGUUAAACCUCCUGGGUUCAAACCUUUCACAGUUAAACCUCUCCACUACAGCCACCUUUGGGAUAGAAGAAAAAGGCCAUUGUAGAGAGGUUUAAGUGAGAGUCAAAGUAUGGAAUGUCUGCCAAAAAAAGUGGCCGUUGUAGAGAGAUGGCCACCAGUGGAGGGUUGACUGUUUAUUUAUCACAAAUGGUUGAAAAGAAUGUGUGUAGAACCUCCCAAGUAACCAGCAAACAGCAGCAAAUUUACAACAAAGUUGCUAGGUGAUUCUAUCUCAUUACAAGAAGGUUUCAAACUGUUGUUUGUUCUUCCUGUUUUGUGUUUUUUUCAGUGUAAAGAGCCGGUUAAACCAAUCUCAAAGAGAGGAGUUGGGGCUGAUUGAACAAGCAUAUGACAACCCUCAUGAGGCACUCAGCAGAAUUAAGCGUCACUUGCUUACACAAAGAGCAUUUAAAGAGGUGCAUUUCUUGAUGGUCUAAUUACAUAAUAUAAUAAAUGAAUGAAAUGUUUUGUACCUACCUGCUUUUUGGAAGUGACUGCUUUUGUAUGGAAAGGAAGAUGAGCAGAGAAAUAGUUACCGACUGUCAAACAACCAAUUAUUGAGAUUUUGAUGUUAAAGUUAUGCAUGAACACAAGGAGUGUUUUAGUUGAUUUUACAGGGAAGUGGGUUGAAAAAUGUUGCACAGUUGAGAUGUGUCCAACCAACUUUCAAGUAUCUAGAUGUCAUGUCAAGUAAAACACUUUCUUGAAUGACAACUUGUUUAGUAGUGUUAAGUUUCGUUUACGUUCUGUUGGUAAAUUAAUAGACGUGGGCUGUAUUUUUUAGGUUGGCAUUGAGUUCAUGGACCUGUACAGCCAUCUUGUUCCUGUGUAUGAUGUUGAACCACUGGAGAAGAUCACAGAUGCCUACCUUGACCAGUAUCUUUGGUAUGAAGCAGACAAGAGGCGCCUGUUUCCUCCUUGGGUGAAACCAGCUGACACGGAACCUCCCCCACUGUUGACUUACAAAUGGUGCCAAGGUUAGUUUGUGUGUGAUUCACUGUGAAGUUUGACUAAGAGGUGUGUAGUUUCUUUCAAAACAGUGAAAUCCCAAUUCCUUGAGAUUGCUUAUCCAGGAUCAUGGAGUGUAUGUGGCUAACACCAUUUUUUGUUGGUUCUUGAGAAAUCAAAUUAAAAGUUUUGGAAGGAAGCAAAAUUAAGUUCGAAAUAUCUUAAGUUUUGAAAAUCAGGGAUAAAAUUACAGUGUCUGACUGAAGCAAAUCAAAGGCAAACAACUUUUGGCUUGAAAAAUCGGUAGUUUCAAAAAAUCUAGUUUUGAAAAAAUUGGGAUUCCACUGUAAAAGGGUAUUGGUAUCUAUAGUUACCCCUUAGCAUUACAUCUCUUAUCCUAAUGAGAUGAAUGAAAACAAAAAACUAAAUAUGACCUAAAAUAACAUGAAAGAGAAAAACUUAUGAUGACUUCAAAGUGUGAAGAAAAGUUUUUGUUCCAUCUUUAAGAAGUAUGUGGUAAUUUCUCAUGCAUGUUAAAGUGAGCACUGUUGUGCGGUUACAUUUGUACACACUAUGGGCCAGUUGUUUAAACCCAAUGUUGGAUGUUAUUGCUAACAUCUGGCAUUCAAAUGAACUCUAUAAUGGAAGAGUUUGACUGGUCUGAACAUAUCAUAUCAACAUUAAAAUGCAGUCUAACCUCUCCAUACGGACACCUCUAUAAUACGGACACCUCUCUAUUAUGGACAGUUCAUUUGGUCCCAGAAAUGCCAAAAAUCAUACAUUCCCUAACUCUAUGAUACAGACACCUCUGUAAAGCAGACACUUGGUUUUGUCCCUUUGGUGUCCAUAUUAAAGAGGUUUGACUGUACAUACAAAUGGACCCAGUGUCCUUACUUCAAACAGGUGAAGAUGAUAACCUUAUUUACUCUUGAUGUACGAGGCUAGUUAAGCUGCUAGUGCCCUGGUCAAAAUGCAUCUCAGUUGAAACAUCUUGCAUUGUGCAGUGCCAUGCAGAAUGCAUGCUCGUAAGAUGCAAAAGUGGCUGAAAAAUUUGGGUAGAUGGUUCCCAAUCUUGGCAGCUAAAAAAAGCAGACUGAAAAUUAUCUGAUGUGCAUUAAAAAGCCUCAUAAUUAAAAGCAAUUACCUUAUUUAAACAUCGGCUUAUUUUCAUGAUUUUAGGAAUCAACAAUUUGCAAGAUGUUUGGGAAACAUCUGAAGGAGAGUGCAAUGUUAUGAUGGAGACCAACUUUGAGAAGAUGUAUGAGAAGAUUGACUUGACCUUACUGAAUCGACUGUUACGUCUGAUUGUGGAUCACAACAUUGCAGAUUACAUGACAGCAAAGAACAACAUUGUGAUCAAUUACAAGGUACAGUCAUUAGUUUGUUCUAUUAUUGUGUAUUUUGUAGCUGGCAGGAAGCAAGGAUUGUUGGUAAUUUUAAAAACAGCUGUAGCAUUUGGCAGUACUUAAUUUGUUUUAGUGUUCUUGGUUGAACUGUGUUCUAUAACAUCUCUUUCAUCAAUAAGUGAUACAGCCGUGAACUAUAUGUUUCAAAACAGGAGGAGGCAGCGUGGCCAAGUGGUCAGUGUGUUAGACCCGCAACUUUGGUGAUCCUGGGUCCCUGGCCAUUUGCUGGAUUUGUUGUCCUUAGUUCAAAUCCUCUGCCACGCUUGUAAAUAGCCCACUGGUUUCCUGCUACCAGUUUAUCCUGUUAUGUUUUAUUGAAUUAUUUGUUUCUUAUUAUUUAAGUGGAGUGCUAUAUAAACUGCUACCCAGAGAAUUAGUACUUCAAGACAACCAGUUGCAUUUUUCACUGCAGGAUAGAGAUUUUAUCUAGUAGAUAGUAUUAUUUCCCAGUAUUAAUCUCCUACUUUACUUAACCUGCAUUAUAAGAUAGCACUUUGAGAAUACUAAAGGUGAAAUAACAAAUUCCUGCAAGUGCCAAAAAUAACAUCACAUGUUCACUUGUGUUAUGUCAACAGGAUAUGAACCACACAAACUCCUAUGGCAUCAUCCGUGGUCUUCAGUUUGCCUCAUUCAUUGUACAGUACUAUGGAUUAGUGCUGGAUCUUCUGGUGUUGGGCUUACAAAGAGCCAGUGAGAUGGCAGGACCCCCACAGAUGCCAAAUGACUUCUUAACCUUCCAGGAUGUGCAGACAGAAACCCAACAUCCAAUCAGAUUGUACUCAAGAUACAUUGACAAAAUGCACGUCUUCUUCAGGUAGCUUUUUUUUUUCCUGUUAUUUUCUUUCACAAAAAUAGAACAUGAACAUCAUCACGGGUUAAUUGUUAUAAAACUUUUUCGAUGCUACAGCACUAAGUCGAGCAAUAUAGUUUCCAGGUUUCUCACAAUUAUGAUGCUGAGUUAUUUGCUCUGAUUGAUCAAACGUGUAUCCUUUUGGGUCUGCUUUUUGCCCUUGUUAUGUAUUGAAAACUGCCGUUGAAUUAAAAAGGGUUGGCUUUUAAAAUACUAUGCCUGUGUUAAGCCAAACUGGCCCAUUUUUCAUUUAUCUGGGGGCAAUCUGUGAUUGCAACAUAGGAUUCCCACAAUGGCACAGUAUGGCCGAAACACCGGAUAUUACCAGGGGUAUCAAUAGAAGGCGAGAACCUGGUGCUGGCAGCAGUGUACUCUGAGCAGAGCACCUGCCUUCAAGGAAAAUGAGAAAGCUGAUUCUCAAAAUAACUUUCCAACGUUCCCUACCUGCUCAACCUUGAAAACCCUGUAUUGCUGAGUGUAACUCUGUUUUGGAGAUUCACUGCUAGACUGACUCAAAAGAUAAAACCAUCCAAAUCAUUUAAGAAUUGUCUUGCGAUCAAAAUAUUCCAACACUCUUUUCUAGGGUAACUGGCAGCAUAGUCCUUUUUCCUGCGGUGCAUACAUGUAAUGUUAAAUGUGGUAAAAUUCUGAAUAACUGAGACUGGAAGACUAAAAGGAGAGAAGAAGAUUAAUAUUAUUUUCUACAUGGUUUUUUGUACAGCCCAAGAAUAAUGGCAAGCCUUUAGUUUAUAUUAAUAAUUUAUUUUUUGUGGGAUGAAACACUGUAUAAUGUUGUGAUUUUCAAGGGUUUUUUGGUGUCUUUAGAUUUUCAGCAGAUGAAGCUCGUGAUCUUAUUCAGCGAUACCUUACAGAACACCCUGAUCCUAACAAUGAGAACAUAGUGGGCUACAAUAACAGAAAAUGCUGGCCCAGAGAUGCUCGCAUGAGACUCAUGAAACAUGAUGUUAAUCUUGGGCGUGCUGUGUUCUGGGACAUUAAGAACCGUCUGCCAAGGUCUGUCACCACCCUCACUUGGGAUGAAAGCUUUGUGUCUGUCUACAGCAAAGAUAAUCCAAAUCUUCUUUUCAACAUGUGUGGAUUUGAAUGUCGUAUUUUGCCCAAGUGUCGUACAACGUUUGAGGAGUUCACACACAGGGAUGGAGUCUGGAAUUUACAAAAUGAGGUAUGCAGUGACAAAAAAAAGCCAGUUUCAAGUUACUUUAAGCUUCUUUAUUAAAGCAACUCUCAUUGCAAACCCAUUUGUAAGAGAAUGGGUUUUACUUGAUUUGAAGGGGAACUUUACACUUUUCUCCUGAAAGGGUCAGAUGUCAAAGUUAAAAAAAACAACUUUUGAUUUGACAAGAUCUGAAAAUUAGGUCGUUUUGUGCAAAGUUCUUUUAAAGAUGUUUUAUUCAAGUUGUUACUUAAUAGCAUUUAGUCAAUUAACUACAGAAGGUAAGAACUAGAUUGGAUUUCUUCAAAAUUCACUUUAAGGGUCAGUGGUCAUAGUCUCCACAAUUGUUUGACCAUCAAAGUUUUGCUCUUCCUCUUUGUGGCUUUGACAACUUACUCUUGCCCCAAGAUGACAAGGAAAUCUCUGUUACAUAAUGCUAAUGUGCUAGUCAGCUUGGUUCUCAUAGAUGCUGCACUUCAGGGUUCUGUACAAUAAAUUUACAGUCAAAUCCCUAGUAAAAUAUCAUCAGAUGAUUACCUGUGAAUGAUCUUUUAUUAUUUUGCAGGUGACCAAAGAGCGAACUGCCCAGUGCUUCCUAAAAGUUGAUGAGGAGUCACAGCAGAGAUUCCACAACAGAGUUCGUCAGAUUCUCAUGGCUUCAGGUUCAACUACUUUUACAAAGAUUGUGAACAAAUGGAACACUGCUCUGAUUGGUUUGAUGACGUACUACAGGGAGUCAGUUGUCAACACUCAGGAACUCCUGGACUUGUUGGUCAAAUGUGAAAACAAGGUGAGUGUUUAUAAUUACAGAAGUCAUUCUUCUUUGUUUGCUUCUGUGUAAUCGUGUGUUCUUGUCCUGUCCCUGUAUUCGUUUGGCCCUGACCUUCUCACUUUUGGGGAUAUCUGUCGUGACUUUGAACCCGUUUAUUUUUCUUUCAGAUUCAAACACGUAUCAAGAUUGGUCUGAACUCCAAGAUGCCCAGCCGUUUCCCUCCGGUUGUGUUUUACACACCAAAAGAGCUUGGUGGUCUUGGUAUGCUGUCCAUGGGACACGUGCUCAUUCCUCAGUCAGAUCUCAGGUUACUUGAAGUUUCCAUUGUUGUUGUUGUUUUUCUCUUUCUCCAAUUUGAAUCAAGGCCAUCAAGUUUUGAUGAAAGAAGCCUGUUUUAAGAUAAGAGUAUAGCCCAGCCCUACUGCUAUAUUGCAGAAAUGAGAGCAUCACUUUUUUUUCUUGAUUGCUCAGGAAUUUAAGAGGCAAUAAUCUUCUCGAAGAUUAGCCUGUUCCAUGCUUUCAGAUAGUAGGGAUGAUGCGUAAGUGAAAGGCACACAAAGAUAUGAGCGCGUGAUCUGGAAAAAUGGAAGGUGGCGGGAAAAGGUAGGGAGACAGGCACCCUUUCUCUCCCCAGUUUCCUCCUGUUUUAUUUUCGCGUGUGCUCGUUCUCAACUUUGCAGACCCAACUAUUUUGGAGCUUGGAACAGGCUACUCGAAGAUUAAAGUGCUAAUACUAUGUUUUCUCUAAUUUUCGCCUUCAGGUGGUCUCAACAAACUGAUGCAGGGAUUACUCACUUCCGAUCCGGAAUGAGCCAUGACAAAGAUCAGUUGAUCCCUAACUUGUACAGGUAACAUUCCUCCUCCUUCUUCAAAAAAAUCAUUUCAGCAACAAGUGUAAAGUGGAGGGAUUGUUACUCUAGAAAUUUUAAGAAAGCCAAAAUUUGUUCCAGCAGAUAUUUUUAUAGGAUACUGGUAUGGUCUUCUGGCUUGUUGCUAGCCUCUUGCUUAGGCUUUACCACUGAUAAACGUAUCCCGAUUGUCAGACGGUUUGACAUUGCUCUCUUAAACUCUCUUCUCUUCCAUGAGUUUGAGCAACCAAACUCAGACCUUAAAAUCAGAAGCAAAUUAUUCUUAACUUGUCAUAACUUGAAUGGUUAGGCAACUUUCAUUAAGUUAAUAAUGCUGUUCUCUUGGUGACAUAUCAGGUACAUCCAACCAUGGGAGAGUGAGUUCAUCGACUCUCAAAGAGUUUGGGCUGAGUAUGCCUUAAAACGGCAAGAAGCUAAUGCUCAGAACAGGUGAGUGCUCACACCUUUCAUGCUACUGCAUUCUGAUAAGAAUACCCAUGUAUUGUACUGUUUUGGUCACGAUAUAGGCUCGAUUACCAGUUAAUAAGCGUGCUCUCCUCCCCUGAACAGAGAGAAGCAGAAAUUGAGCCUAGUCGCCAGGGUGGGUGGAAAAAAUGUUGGGCAACUAAAAUCAGGGCAAGCCGUCAAUUUGGUGUCCUGUGUUCAGUAGUAAUGUGGCAAUGCAGUGAUUUUCAUUACUUCGUGUCGAUGGACUUUUUUAAGUGAAAGUGAGAUAAACAAUUGUAUGAAAUAAAUGUAUUUUUUGCUCCAUUUUCAUAACAAUUCACCUCUCAAAAUAUCAACUUUUGAAUCGUUUUAUUGCGAUAAAUUGAAUUAUAUCAAACUAGCUUUUUUUUCACUCCCCACCAACACAACGCAACAGUAGAGUUUGUUUUUGAAAUUGACCCCUUCAACAAUUAGCACCUGAACGUACAGAUAACAUUUGAAUAUUUUUCAAGGCUAAUAUUCAACCACUGUUAGCAGUCUUAUCUUAAUUGUUAACCGUAACCUUCUUGGUAUCUUCUGUGUAUGGUAAUUGUGCAAAGAAAAUGUUUGCUUUAUCUUAUCUGUUGAUUCCUUCCUAAGACGUUUAACCCUGGAGGAUUUAGAGGACUCGUGGGAUCGUGGAAUACCUCGAAUUAACACACUGUUUCAGAAGGACAGACACACACUUGCUUAUGACAAGGGAUGGAGAGUUAGAACAGAUUUCAAACAGUACCAGGUAAACCUUUUAACAAUCAUGUUCGGUUUAUUAGAUUAUGUUUUAACUUUAAGCGAAAAUUUGUUCAUUCAGUACUGAGUGUCUAGUUUGACAGGACAAUAAAUUAUGACGUAGAGUGAGCUAUCACAGUGUCGUUUAUCCUUUAUUGAAAAUGGCAGUAUCAUUAAGAUUGAGUAGUUCCUCAAAAUCUAGCAAAAGUUUGUGUCAGAAAUGACUAAGAAUGUACAAACUACCACCUGGGGUUGCUUGGUCUUGCUGUAAUAGUAAUGUACGUAAAUACUGUUAAAGAGUGUCUGAUUAACGUCUAGAAGCGAGUGGACUGAAACUAGAAAACGUCAGAAUGACGACGUUUUCAUGUUUCUCGUCUUCGUUUGUUCAUGUUUCGAAAUUAAUUUAUUUCUUGUGUUGUUUGAGGUUCAUUAUGUGUGUCUCACAAUUAUAUCGCACUAGCUGAGGUAAAAUCCUGGGAAUGAUCUUCAAAUUAGCGCGCAAAUUUCACGAGCUUGAACGUAAAACUGUAGAAAAAAUUACAAAAAAGUUACUCAUGGAUGUUGUUGUUCCAAAGGUUCUCAAACAGAAUCCGUUCUGGUGGACUCAUCAGCGACAUGAUGGCAAAUUGUGGAAUCUAAACAACUACCGCACAGAUAUGAUCCAGGCGCUGGGUGGCGUGGAAGGUAUCUUGGAACAUACACUUUUCAAAGGAACGUACUUCCCAACCUGGGAGGGUCUGUUCUGGGAGAAAGCUAGUGGAUUUGAGGAGUCCAUGAAGUACAAAAAACUGACUAACGCUCAGCGCUCUGGGUUGAAUCAGAUUCCAAACAGACGAUUCACACUCUGGUGGUCACCCACUAUAAACAGGGCCAAUGUAAGUGACUCACAGUUUAAGUAUAGCUUAUGUUUUCCUGACUGCCCACCUACCCCUCCCAUAAGUCAACAACACUUACUUCUCACUUAGUGCAAAAUGUUGGCUUAGGGAGGGGGUAGGUGGGCAGUUUCCCAGAAACGUGUAAUGAUCUGAAAUGUCUUAAGGGCAUUUUGACCGCUAUUCUCGCUCAUACCUUAUCUCUGUUUCAUUUCUUGCAGGUUUACGUUGGAUUCCAGGUUCAGCUUGAUCUCACCGGAAUCUUCAUGCACGGCAAGAUUCCAACACUGAAGAUCUCACUCAUUCAGAUUUUCAGAGCUCACUUGUGGCAAAAAGUACACGAGAGUGUUGUCAUGGACUUGUGUCAGGUACAGUUUACUAGCAGACUCAUUUAUUGAGCGAUUUUCGUAUGACCUUGAAAAAUGGUUUCGGUAAGUCUUCGUUAUUUGUUUUUUCAGCCAGUGGGUGAUCAAAACAUAGCCUCUUCCUUUUCCCGCCAAAGAAAACCCUAAUAUGGAGAAAGCAUUGUUCGAUUGGCUAGUCGUGUUGCAGUAUGACGUCAAAGCGAAGUAUCGGUUGAUCUCGAGAAAGUUCUCGGGCAUGAUGAACUUUUUUCACCCGAGCGUUCGCUUAACCAACCAAAAGCCACGCGCGUUUGUAUCCGUUCGAUAAACCAAUCAAACGGUUCUAGUGCCAUUCGUUUGUUUUGUCUGUUUCGUUCGCGCGUUUUCAUUUCAAGGUCAUACGAAAAUCGCUCUAACAAAAGAGAAAGGUUCAACUUCCACACGGGACUGGUUUAGGACACCAACAUCGCCGCCGUUUCAUUGUUGGGGACGCCAACAUGGCGGACGUGACGUCAUAUGAAAUAAGCUCUAUAAGGACACUAAAAGCGCGUUGGUUUGACGCUAUUCCGAACUAAGAAUAUAUGGAACAAAUUUGAGAAAUCACCUGUUUAGGCAAGUCAUGACAUCGUAAUAUCUGCAGAAAUCUAGUUGAAAUACAGUAUUACGAUGCAUGUAGCAUUCCGGCGGUGGUCCAAAAAACUCUGAUAAGAGAGAUUUCUAACAGAAUUUCUAUGUACUCUUAUUUCGGAAUAAAAUCAAUCAAACGCUCCUUUAAACACUUAAGUAAUCUGUUAAUUAACAAGUACACGGUACUAUGGCAGUGAGCGUGUUGCGCGUGGUGACGUCAAUGUUUGCAAAAUGUACGUUAAGGUAUGGUCACACAUUUCAGGAAAACGUAAAUGGAGAUAGUUACCCGUGAAGAAACUUAUCCACUUUGAACACUGUUUAUGAAAAACGUUUGCUUUGCUACUAUCGUGAACAUUUGGCCUACGCUUUUAAAAAGGAUUUACAGUGCAACGAAUUCAACCGGGGGCACCAUUAAUCAGCCAAUCACGGGUCACAUUAACAGCAAAAUUUGGUACAAUUCGUUUGCCGAUCAAAAAUGAAAAGAUGUCUUUAAAUUUGAAAGUGUCGUUGCAGGGUCCGGUUGAGUUUGUUACACUGUAAGGUAUCAGUCGAAAAUGAACGUUAACUUCUACGCAUGGACUUAGUGUGUGUCGGUAAUCAAGUAUUAGAAUUUGUACAAAACGCAAGUGAAGCUACUGGUGACGGCUGCGAAAAACGCAUAUGUAGAGGCGGCUUUUGAACUUCAGAGUUCGCUUGUUCUUGAAAAGCGAUGUAACGCUGAAUUUUACCCAUGAAAUUUGCCCAUGAUAUUAGCCAUACAAUCUCUUCAGAUCUCUCUCUUUGAAAAUUUAUUUUUCAACCACGGACUUGAUGUGAUUGACUGUUAUGUAACUGUUGGUUGUCAUAAUUAUUGUAGGUUUUUGAUCAAGAACUGGAUGCUCUUGAGAUUGAGACAGUGCAGAAAGAAACCAUUCAUCCUCGUAAAUCUUACAAGAUGAACAGCUCAUGCGCUGAUAUCCUCUUGUUUGCUGCAUACAAGUGGAACGUCUCCAAACCUUCUAUUCUGGCUGAUUCCAAGUACGUCUCUCCUUUCUUCGUGCUGAAAUUCUCCUAACGUGCAUGAGCAGUUGAUAAUAGCCUUGUUGGAACACUUGGCAGUUAAAAGAAAGUCAUUUCGAUUAUAUUUGCUUCCAUUCUCCCAGCUGUCUUCACUUCGGUUUGUAACAAAUGAGCCCUUUCAAAUUUAAGCGAUAAAGAUGCCUUUUGCUAAUACAUAUUUUUAGGCAUUUCUAGCAACUGCACCAUGGAUCACUGAGCCGCUUUUAGUUUGUGUGGGAGUUGUGUAAAUGUCUCACGUCUCGUGCGCUCGUUGAAUUUCUUUGGAAAAAUCUAUAGGAGUAAAAAAUAUCUGGAAGACUGCCUGGUGUCAAAUGUUCGUCCAUUUUUAUGAUGCGUUUGCUUGAAUUUGUAUUUGUAUUACAAGGAGAAAUUUAAUGCCGCUGAGUAUGUUAAAGAAAUCUUCACUUCAUUCGUAGUGACAUCAUGGAUAGCACCACAACUCAGAAAUACUGGGUCGAUGUACAACUUCGCUGGGGUGACUACGACUCUCAUGACAUCGAGAGAUACGCACGCGCCAAAUACCUUGACUACACCACUGAUAACAUGAGCAUUUACCCCUCCCCCACUGGGGUCCUCAUUGGCAUUGAUCUGGCCUACAACCUUCACAGGUAAGAGAAGAAUACGCUUGCCGUCAAAACAGUGCCAGUCGUUCGAAAUGCCAAGAGUUAGCUCCUUGUUGGUAACACGGCUUCAGGAACAUUGGUGUUUCCAUGUGGGUAAUCAUUUUCACAGCAAUAUGUGCCGAUCAAUUUGAAACUCCUUGCCGAAUAAGCCGUUCGUUUUAAAAAGCUGAUUCUUUACCUUAAAACGCCUCCAUCUCAUUGUGAGAAAGAUGGCAUUGUCAGACCUUAACUUAACACUUCCGGUGAAAUUUUCCCACCCAACCCAGGCCGUGGUCGAAUUCCCCACUCCCCUGGCACAGGUGAUGGUCAAAUGCCCGGGAUUUGCCCAGGAGAGGAUGUGAAGUUUCAAUUUGAUCGGCGCUUUAGAUUGCAAGAUAAUUCAUAUGGAAGUGCACCUUGAAUAUUUAGGUAUUGAAGACACUAAAAGUGAAUGGUAGUCAAUGAUUUGAUGGAAGUAGCAGUUAACGUAUCCAUUUCAUAAUAGCGAUGAGCUUUCCUCUCUUGCAGCGCGUUCGGUAACUGGUUCCCUGGUGUGAAACCCCUGAUCCAGCAAGCCAUGGCCAAAAUCAUGAAGGCUAACCCCGCCCUGUACGUGUUGAGAGAACGAGUCAGGAAAGGUCUACAGCUGUACUCCAGUGAACCCACUGAGCCUUACUUAUCCUCACAGAAUUACGGAGAACUCUUCUCAAACCAGAUUAUCUGGUUCGUGGAUGACACCAACGUCUACAGAGUCACAAUUCACAAAGUGAGAGCUUAGUUUUGUCACGUUUGCUAUUAUCUUUUUAAACCUCCUUCACAUCUGUAAAGCGUGUAUAGGUAUUCGGGUUCAUGAAAUAAGAGUCAUCGAACGAAAACCCCUUUUAAGCUGAAAAACAGACUGAAUUCUUUAUAGUGUUCAAGCAAGCUCUAACUUGUACUUCCGUUGUAAUUUUGAAGCCGCUAACAUACUUCUUGUACGGAGAAAACAGUUUUAAACCGUUUUAACUAAAGUGUUUGUUUACUUGGGUGUGAAUGGAGACAAAUUCUUCUCAAUGGUAAAUAGCGUGCAUUUUGAAGCAUCCUCUGAAAGUCGACAUUAAAGACUUUUUUUUAAUUCUACACGCAUUGUUUAACAUUAGCAUCUACGUUUUCAUUCCAGACGUUCGAAGGUAACUUGACCACGAAACCAAUCAACGGUGCCAUCUUUAUCUUCAAUCCUCGCACGGGACAACUUUUCCUCAAAAUCAUCCACACUUCAGUAUGGGCUGGACAGAAACGUUUGGGACAGGUAAGUGUUGUAUCUUAUGGUGAUUAUCCUGCGUGGCAGGCGUCGAAAGAGGAAGGGAGGGGAAUGGAGGUAAAAAAAAGAGAGGAACUGGGGGAGAGAAGGAAAGGACUGCCCCUCCCUUCUCCCUUUCGGGCUUUUCUCCCCUUCCCCUCCCCUCUCUUUUUUUGCACCUACCACGCAGGGUAUAUGGCGAUAUGUUACCUGUUCAAGCCAUGAAAAAAUAUGACAUAGUCGUGCGAGAUUUUUGGAUUCGGUCACUUUCACGAACAGAGUUUCUGACUCAAACAUGUCCAAUUCAAACAUUUUUUAGGUUCCACUGGCAAAGUCUCUUCCCUUAUAAGCCAGAUAUUCGUACACAAACACAUGGACCCAGGGGAAAGAAAGCUGACUGUCCUCCGGGUCAGACGUCUAGUGUAUAUUGUAUUGGUCGGCAGUACCUCACCUUAACAGUCAUUGUCCAACUUUUUGAACUAACCAAGGGCAUAAAUUCUUUAUUGGUGUGUUGUUUUAGUUGGCCAAGUGGAAGACAGCUGAAGAAGUAGCAGCUUUGAUUCGUUCACUGCCGGUUGAAGAACAACCCAAACAGAUCAUUGUGACCAGGAAAGGGAUGCUUGAUCCUCUCGAGGUGUUGUAUAGUUACACUUUAGUGUUACGUCAAGGCAUCGUCACAUUUUCCGUUGAUAUUGUUGGCUUCUGGACUCUGUGAGAUAGACUCAUGUCACCUUUGUCGCUUUUCGUUUAAUUGUGGUGUAGUUUUGUUUUGAUACAAGUGUCUUAAUGUUUCAGGUCCAUCUGCUGGAUUUCCCUAACAUCGUUAUUAAGGGCAGUGAACUGCAGCUUCCUUUUCAGGCCUGCUUAAAGGUUUGUGUUUAAAGAAUAGAUCUGUUAUAAAUGAAGAAAAAUAGAAGGAAAAGUUGGCCCAACGUUUUAAAGUUUCAAUUCAUGUUUAUCCUUGGCGUCCGUUGCAACUGAUGACAGGAAACAGAUUCAAUGCCUAAAUAUAGUCUUAAACAACGAAACUGUACCAUUAUUUUUUUAAAUUCAGUUGAUGCGAAGACAAGUUUUAAGUUUCAUAAUCUCUGUUCUCUUGUACCUUUUAGGUAGAGAAGCUUGGAGACAUGAUCCUUAAAGCAACCGAACCACAAAUGGUAUUGUUCAAUCUGUAUGAUGAUUGGUUAAAGACCAUCUCUUCAUACACGGCCUUCUCUCGUCUGAUCCUCAUCCUUCGUGCCUUGCACGUGAAUGCUGACCGAACAAAGGUGCUCCUUAAACCCGACAAGACCACUAUCACUGAGCCACAUCAUAUCUGGCCAACCCUGACUGAUGAGGAAUGGGUACCAGUUGAGGUAUGUUAAGUGUGAACCCUCGUCUAUAAUCCAGGGUGGCAAUGUGUACAUGCGACUUUUAGUGUAGUGCGUUUUGUCUCUUUAUUUUGUGCUAAAACUCGGCUAGAAUGAUUUUAGAAUCGUGUUAAUCAUCGCCUUUGCUUCUCUCAUGUAUUACUGUAGUUGACUAGUUCACUGCUUUUCUCUGUAUCCAUUUUUAAUUUUUUGUUCGGUAAUUGUUUUUUCGCCUUGUGAAUCGUUUUUUUUCCCUGUCUUUUCUGUUGUAUAGGUUGCGCUGAAAGAUCUCAUCCUGGCCGAUUAUGGCAAAAAGAACAAGUGAGUUGACUGCUUUCAACUUGAAUCUUCACACAACUUACAUUCAAAGUGCCUUUUGCCUUGAAUACUAACCGUACUCUCCUUCGGUCUAACAGUAGCGUUUCUGUUUCUUCUCUAGCGUGAAUGUAGCUUCCUUGACCCAGUCUGAGAUCCGAGACAUCAUUCUGGGUAUGGAGAUCUCAGCACCCUCGCAACAGAGGCAACAGAUCGCUGAGAUCGAAAAGCAGACCAAAGAACAGUCGCAGCUAACGGCUACCACCACCCGAACCACCAACAUCCACGGUGAUGAGAUCAUCGUGUCCACAACGUCCAACUAUGAGACCCAGACAUUCUCCUCUAAGACUGAGUGGCGUGUAAGGGCGAUAUCUGCUACUAAUUUGCACUUGAGGACCAAUCAUAUUUAUGUCUCUUCUGAUGACAUCAAGGAGACUGGUUUCACGUAUAUUCUACCCAAGAACAUCCUGAAGAAGUUUAUCGUUAUUUCGGAUUUAAGGACACAGGUCAGUGAGUUAUUUGCAGUAAAGGUGACAAAAGCCAAACAAUAAUCGCUCAAGGCUUUCUUACUAUAGCAGUUGCGGUGUAAAUUUUUCAUUCAACUGGCCCCAGUUGUUAAAAAGGUGGAGAACGUUCUCCGCUGGGUAAACCUUUCUCUAUCCAGGUAAGAACAAUUGUUUUCUGUAGUUCUUAUCUGCUGGUUAGUGAUUUAUCCGGUGGAUAGUUCUUUCGAACGUUUGAACAACCUGGCCCUGAUUAGCUUCAAUAAAAGCCCUUUUCUUAACAAAAAGUCUCCGAUAUGUCACACCCUUUACGGGACUCAACUACUUGGAAAUCAUACCUUUUACAUCGGCUCAUACUAAUGUAUAUUUUGUAGGAGAUACCCCCGCCCCCCUUUCCCCUCGAACAAGAUUUGACCCCUAUGCUUGACGUCAGGUUUGUCCGUGUAGGAGAGUAAUAAUCAGCUCACUCCGUAACUGUCAAUCGUUUCACCUCAGAUCGCUGGCUACCUGUACGGUGUCAGUCCGCCUGACAAUCCGCAAGUGAAAGAAAUCCGCUGCAUUGUAAUGGUGCCACAAUGGGGCACUCACCAGACUGUGCAUUUACCAAACAUGUUACCACAACACGACUACCUCAAGGUAAGACUAACAGAUUUUCAUUUACCAAAUUCUGACUGUGCCAAGCCCGUUUGUGCAGUCUCGUUGUAUGUUAACGUUUGAGCACUGGUUCACAAGUCUCUGUGUGACAAGGCUAGGUAUGUGUCCAAAUAUUCAGUAUGGUGUUUGUAGUGAACUAAGGAAGACGUUUGCCGGAAAAAUCAGGCUUUAAUCACCAAAUCUCAUUCUAUGCAACAUGGCGGUAAAACUACAACCACGAGGAUUGCAGGCUCUUAUAUAAGGACAAAUCUCACUACAUAUACACUACACGAAUUAUCACAAAACUCGCAGUUCGAAUGUUCCUAGUUCAUAGCUCAGUUCGCAAUGUCAUUUACCACAGUGUUUGUGUUCGCCUGUUUGUAGGAAAUGGAACCGUUAGGUUGGGUUCACACUCAGCCCAACGAACUACCUCAGCUUUCCCCGCAAGACGUUACAACACACGCCAAGAUUAUGGCCGACAAUCCGUCAUGGGAUGGCGAGAAAACUGUCAUUAUUACUUGCAGGUAUGUCACGUUGGUCAGGCUUCGUGCUAAAGAACAUAAGGUUUGCUCCACCUGGGAAGCGAAGCUUAUAUUGUUUUAUCAAUAAUAUUUUUCUGGAAGCUUACGUAUGUACUGCCACAGAAACAUAAUCGGCUCUGCUCAAAACUGCUUAUCAAUAUCUCUUGGGUUACAUUCAGAUUUUUUCAUUACUGACAUCAAACAGAUAGACACUUGUGUCCGUAUCACUUCCGUGGCGGCUGCCGCCUUCUUGGAAAAAUGAUAUGCAGUAAAGUUGGGCAUGUGCCGAGAUUUGCUGGUUAUGUUGCCUUUGUUUUAUUUAUGUAGUUUUGUUUCCUCGUUGUUUUCAGUUUUACUCCUGGCUCAUGUUCACUGACAGCCUACAAACUGACCCCUUCGGGUUACGAUUGGGGGCGAAAUAACAAGGACACAGGGAACAAUCCCAGGGGUUAUCUCCCCUCCCACUACGAGAAAGUGCAAAUGUUACUGUCUGAUCGUUUCCUUGGUUUCUUCAUGGUACCCGCCCAAGGAUCCUGGAACUUCAACUUUAUGGGUAAGAAUUGUUAAAUUUCGUGUUAUCAAUUGAUUUUUCCCCUCAUUGUUUAACCAGGAGUGCUUACCGUUUACACCAACCACCCGCGCAUAAACAUAAAACUGUAGUAUUAGACGUGGCGGAGGAACGACCCACUACAAAGUAAAUCCAAACCAGCUGAACAGACUGAAAAGUAGAAACGUUGCAUCCUUCCAAAUGAGAGCCCAUUAUUUUCUGAAGGUUUUUAAACAGAAUGGCGGGAACCAUUUGAUUUUCAAACCGGAAUUUCUGGUUUUUCCAUGCAAAUGCAAGUACCCUUGGGUUGGUUUUUUUUUUUUUGUAACGGACAGUAUGGAGAAUGUGCACGUUGAUAUUAGGGAGCUUAAGCAAAGACGUUUUUGAGCGACGCACGUCAACCGGAAGUGAGGCCUUCUCACUAUAUAUAUGCCUUGACGCUAACAAAUUUGUAUUGCUAAGUUUCUUUUCUCUUAUAAAGAGGAUUUACCGGAGAGUUUCUACCAAACCACUCCCCAAUGAUGCAAAAAGUCCACUUCCGGUUGACGUCCGUCGCUCAAAAACGCUGCUGCUUAAGCUCCCUAUGAGAGUUUCACGGUUAACGCAUUGGUCUGUUAUUUUUAGGUGUUCGUCAUUCUCCUAACAUGCGUUACGAGUUACAGCUGUCUAAUCCUAAAGAGUUCUACCAUGAAGUACACCGCCCCUCGCACUUCCUUAACUUCAGCACCAUGGAGGAUGUAGAAGUUAUUGGCGCUGAUAGAGAUGACAUGUUCUCAUAAACCACAGCAGUCUACAAGCCAUAUAAAGCAUGCAUUCGCCUUUUAACUUCAACUAGUGAAAAACAACUGCUUGAAGUUACAUGAAACGCCAAGUUUUGUCUUGGAUCGAAUUACAGAAAUGGUAGUAGUUAAACAGUCGCAAACAAUCUUCGAUGCUUUUACUCAAAGAUAUGACAGAAAGUCCACCUGUGGUCAGACAGGGGAUUUUCGAAUGAAGUUUUGUCAAGUUAUGUACCUCAGUCAGAAGGGAUGGCUUAAACAUGAUAUGGGCAAGCUUGUACUAAACUGUCGGGAAAAUUGUCACUUAGCAUUUUCGCCGCAAAGAAGUCAUUUAACUUUCUUAAAAAGCUGAAAUACCGUAAACUGCCGCUUAUACGCCCUGGGCUAAGGGGAUUUAAUAGGGCUUAUAAACGGAGGGGCUUAUAUCGGAGGGAGCUAUUGUUUUGUUUACAGGUAAAUGGGCCUUCAACUUUCGGGGGGGGGGUUCUGCGGCUUAUAAGCGCCAGUUUACAGUAUGCGCUAAAUAGCACGUUAACCAUGUAGGGUAUUACGAUUUGUUGUGUAAUUGGAAGUCUUUGUUUAGUUUACUUUGCUUUUGUUACUUCUCGGAAGUUGCUGUCUUACUUCGCACUGUUUAGAGUAUGUAUUUUCGACCUAUCAGUAGUCAGCUGCUGUGCUUUUUAGAAAUGAAGAUUGAAAG